CAUCACGCUGCCAUGAGCUCGGUAGCUUAAACGUUGCCAGUGCAGAGACAAGACAAAGAGACCAUGGUCGAUUUUUUACGGUGUUACAUUUGACCCAAAACCAUGCUUGCACGUAGUGUGGGUUUCCUGUGCGCACUUUUUGUGUGCUAAGUAGAAUCUUCUGGAGCUAUAUCGUCACUACGUCAUUGGUCUCCUUCUCCACAAUGCACGAUAUGUCUGAAUAGCUUGCAUAUAGUCUCAAUUAAGAGUGACAUCAAAAUGCAGAUCUGUCUCAAAUGUGCGAAGAAACAGGCAACCUAGAUCCGCAGUGAUGGCCAGGCUUGGCAAAUUCUUGACGCGCAUUCACCUUCACGUACUGGUCAAACGUGAUUCACCUCACUUUCCUCUCAACGACUUCACCUUUUUUUUUUCAAUCCGCGCCAAGAACUCAAAUCACCAACUUUCUCAUUGCACUUCAACUCUACUACCCUCCUCCAACAUGUUUGGCAACCUCUCCAAGACGGUCGCGUCGAUCGCGAAAGCUGUCACUGAGCCGUUUGUCAUGCCGCCCGUCAAAGUCACCCACUAUACCCCUCUCCACUUGAGCACUGAAGCGCCUGUCAUGGACGACAUCUUCACGGCCGAUGCCUAUGAAGAAUAUGAAGAGUUCGCCGAGCUUGAGAUUGACGAGCCGGCCGUGGCCGAGUAUGACCUCAAAUAUGUCUUGGGCAGCGGCGUGCCUUACGACGAGACGGACUCCGAUUCAGACGCAUCCUCCGAGCCAAAUGACAAUCAAGACAACAACGAUGCCGCCCUCUCCGACUCUGAAGACUUUAUCAGCCUCAAUGUCAAUGUCAAGAAGUCCAAUGCCAAGCCGGUACCUGCCAUCAAGCGCGACGCUGACAUCAAGAUCGCCUCCUCCGAUGUGUCUAAGCAGGACCCUUCUACCAAGCUCAACGGCGAUGUCAAGACCGAUUCUACUCCCCAUGAGCCUUUUAUCAAGUCUAAAGACAACGACAAAACUCCAUCCCCCACCCACGACUCUUCUACAAAGUCCGACGACCACGUCGAGGCGACAUCCUCUAGCCACGAUCUUUCUUUCCAGUCCGGCGACAACAUUAACACCGCAUCCACCCACUACAACCUUCCUUCUGAGUCCAAAGACAAUGACGACAACAAUUUCAAGUCUAUCUCCUCCGAUCACAUCACUUCUACCAAGCAUGACGCCGAUACUGUUUCUUGCGAUCAUAGCUCUUCUACCAAUCCCAACAAUGGUGCCUCCGAUCAACUCUGCUCAAAGAAGCCAGAUGAAGAUAUCAAGACCGCCUCUUCUGAUCAAAUCCCCUCAUACAAGCCUGAUGACAAAGUCAAGACGGCCUCCUCCGAUCAUUCCAUUUCCACGUCCGACGACAAUAAUGUCGCAGCCGCCCAGUCCAGUCGCGACACUUCCUCUCAGCUCGACGACAAUGUCGCAGUCGCUCAUUCCACACACGGCACAUCCUCUCCACCCGACGACAAUAAUGUCGCAGCCGCUCUAUCCAGUCACGACACUUCCUCUCAGCCCGACGACAAUGUUGUGGCCGCAUCCCCCGAUCAAAUCAUCUCCCAGUCCGACGACAAUGUCGCGGUCGCCCGGUCCAGUCACGAAACAUCCUCCCCGUCCGAUGAUACCAAAAACGAGAAAGUCCCUUUUAUCGUCCCCGCAAUAGCAAAAGUCCAUGCCCUACAGGCGCAUCGCACGGUGGUAGCAAAGUUGAUCAACGAAAAGGCUGCUCGCCGAAACGCAGACCUAGAUCAUAUACUUGCACAUCAGAGGAAAGAGUACGCUCGAAAGGUUGAAGCCAAGAGGAUCAUAGCAACUGCUCGCGUCAUGAAGGCGCCCAAUGCACGCAAGUCGCUUUCCACCUUGCCAAAUCCAUUGCCUGCACUCAAGAACCUGCACGCCAUGCUAGAGUCUGAGUCCACUCCACCAACUCCUAUCAAAGAGAAAUCCCCCAUCUCCACCACUGAAGAGUCUGUCAUUCCCUCGGAAACUCUAAAUCAAGAUAUUUCCGCUACCGUAGAGCAGCCGACAAAAGUGGACGAGGCCGAUAUCCCUUCGUCAACUCCGCUUCCAUACGAGAGGUCCGCGGCUCCUUCGCCAAUUCACGAAGCCCAAGAGGCAGUUCUUACUCCUCAUUCCGAAGCCCAAGAGGCCCCUCAUACACCCACCAUUCAUGAUGCUCAAGAAGUACUCAAUGAAAUGGAACAACCACGUGCCGAGACCCCCGAGGCUCCAGAGCACGGCGCAGCCCAGGAGCCACCUUCCACUCCCCCCGGCCAAAAGCGCCCUCGCGGUGACGAUGACGAUGAGCUUGCUGGUGAGCAUCGCGCGAAGAACCCCCGACUUGAGCUAGAGCACAGCGCAGCCCAGGAGCCACCUUCCACUCCCCCCGGCCAAAAGCGCCCUCGCGGUGACGAUGACGAUGAGCUUGCUGGUGAGCAUCGUGCGAAGAACCCCCGGCUCGAGCUAGAGAAAUCCGCAAACAACAAUACCUCUCACGAAGAUACAGUUGAGACGUCGGCCGCCACAGAACAAGCUACCACAUCAGAUGUUGGUGAGAACGAAGAGAUAAAAGAGCCUUCCAUCAUCAAAUCCACGCCAGAGAUUGCAGAGGCCGUCGACAACAAAACCACAUCCGAUAUUUCCGAAACCCAAGAGUCAAAGGAUCCUGUCGAAAUCACAUCUACUAUAAAGACUACAGAGCCUGACACUACAUCGUCUUCGCCUGAAGUACUCCAGUCCACUGCACCUGCCUCCACACUCGCGAAGACUGGAACUGCCGUUGAAGCUACGCUAGACCCCCAGCCUAGUGCAUCUCCAGAGCCAAAGCCUGCACCGCAGCCUGAGUUCGUCAUCUACCAAGACACCGGCAUGCAGACUCUACCCAUCGGCAACGCAUCCACAUUCAAGCGCUGCUACGGACGAGACCCAGAAGUUUUACUGAACACCGAGAUUGGUGCCGUCGGACGUGGCCGCUACACCCGCGAGAACUACCAAAACGACCCAGGCCACUUCCGCUACGGCCAGGCAUAUCUUGUGCCCUCUUCUUCCCCUGCUUCCGGCAGGUCGACUUCAUCAAGCUUCCAGACCGUGGGCUUCACCGAAGCAAACACCUCCCUCGCCCGCGCCAAAGCCAAGGCCAACAUCCAGGCUGGCAACCUCCAGAAGGCGGCAACGGCGCAGGGGGUGGUUGUGUCCGUCAAGGGGGAGCGGCUGAUCAGCCACUCAUCAGCCGUCUCCCCCGCGGUGAAAGUUCACAGGGAUGGAACCGUCAGCUACGACGGCGAUGUCGACCUGCCAAUGCUGUUCCCGAACCUUGCGUUCGAAGCCGAGGUCGUGUCUAAGAUCUCGGUGGUCGGCCUCACCGACCCUCCAGAGUGCCCGCCGGUCGCCAAGAACGGCGACAUCACUUGGGGAGACGCCAAAGCUCCCCGAGCCAAUGAAGCCUUCUCGGCGGGCAUGAAGGAGUGGGAGGUGUGGCCGGCAAAGGGAAAGGGCCAGUAG